AAAGUCAGAUAACACAGAGAUGGUAGAUAUAUGACACGCCUUUGAAAAUUUGCAUCGACUGCAGAAGAUUUGAAUCUGCUGAAAAAAGCCAUCACAGCCUUUACAUCGCAGCAGAAUUUGGACACCGGAAUCGAAGCUACAUCAAGAGCAAACAUCUGUUUAAGUUAUAUUCAGAGACACACUGAGUCGAAGAAACAGCAAGAUGAGUGCUGCUCAGAGUCAAACCACACUGGAGUCCCUGCAGUGCCACUUCACCUGGAACCUGGACCGCAAAAGGUCAAUCCUAUUACUUCUCAGGGACAAGAUGGAAGACAUCCGCACAGAGAAGGGAAAUCGAUGGCUGGGCCACAUUUACAACCUGUGGGGGUUCAUUCAGUAUAAGCUGGGGUUAAAUGAAGAGGCUAAGAGUUUGUUCCAGAAGGCUGCAGAGACCCUCAACAAGCUGAGAGAUGCAGAUGAGGGUGCUUGGUUAGUGGUGAACUACGGGAACCUGGCCUGGCUGCACCACCACCUGGGAGAGCUAGAGGAGAGUCAGGCUUACCUGUCAAAGGUUGAUGCCCUGAUGGAAAAAUACCCAUCUCCAUCCCAGGACGAGCUCCAUCCAGAGAUCUACGCUGAAAAGGCCUGGACCCUGAUGUUCUUAAGAGAGGACAUGAUUCUGGUUGUUGAUUACUUUGAGAAAGCUGCCAGGAUGCAGCCGGACAUGGUGGAGUGGAACACCAGCUAUGUCAUAGCGUCAGUCAAUGCUCAUAAGCACAACAACACAAGUCUGGACCCUGAUGAGUACAACAACACAAGGCUGGACCCUGACCUCUUGGAGAGAAUGAGACAAGCCAAGGAACAGGAUCCAGAGAAUUUGUACCUUGCUGUUCUCUACCUUGAGCAAUGUGCUAAUAAAGGUGAAAACAUUCGAGAUCAAGUCCGUGAGAUAGCCGAACAGGUUUUGAGAAGUCCUGUCUGUAGCUACGAUUGUGUGAGAGAAAUAUUAAGGGUUUACCAAUGGUACUUAGGUGUUGAUGAGGCCAUUGAUUUGGGAGAAGAGGCUCUGCUAAAACAUCCAGAUCAGCGUUAUCUGAAGAGAUGGGUUGCACUCUGCUACAGAAAAAAGAUUUUGUACAUCAGGGGGGGCCCCCUAAGACCAGGCGUGAUGGACAGAGCCAUCAGUCUCCAUGAGGACGUCAUCUCUCUUUACCCUCACUCUUCACUCUUAAAGAAAAUUGACCUCACAGCUAUCUAUGCAAAGUCACAUCACAGCAAGGCCAAAGCUGAGCAGAUAUAUCAGGAGCUGCUGGACAGUGAUCUGGAACCGGGAGAAAAACAGAUGCUUUACAACAAAUAUGCAGAUUACUUAUUCUUUAAUCUAAAUGAUUUCCACAGGUCGACACAGUAUCACAUGAACGCAGCAGCAAUACCCGAAAAUUCCUACUUCCGUAAGAAAAGCAUCAGAAGCCUGGAGAAGAAUAAAGACAGAGGAAUAAUGUGCAGAGAAAUUGAGGAGUUUCUCAGAAACCUGCAAGAGCCAACGCAGUAAAGAUAGGGAGGCAAAUUUAGGGGAACAAUUAUGUCCAAGCAAAAAAAAAAACUAAUUUCUACAAAGGCGUUUUGCUUUCAUGUGGUAAUAAAGAGGAAAAGAAUCCUGAAGAAGAAUGAAAAACAGGAGGGGGCCAAUUCUUCCAGGGCGUCCAAAAAAUAACUUGGAUAAAGAAAAUUUACUAAAAACUAAUUUCUUGCCAUUCAAAACUAUUUGAAAUAAAUUAAAGGAAGGUUUAUUUUUAUUAUUUUCUUAAUUAUUAGUAUUUUCGGGCAUUUAUGCGUUUAUUUAGAGAUAGGACAGUGGAUAGAGUUAGAAACAGGGGAGAGAGAGAGAGAGAGAGAGAGAGAGAGAGAGAGUUGAGAAUGACUUACUAAUUCAGGACGGAGUUCCCUUCAUGACAUCACAAAGGGUAGUAGCCCCUCCCCCAGGUGGGUGACACUCCCACAGCUAGGUGUUUGUUCUG